CUGACGUGUGGUGACGUGCUCCGAUAUCGCCCGUCCGCUAGCCGCUAAGCUAUUAGCUGGUUGUUUUAGUCACGCAUAACUUUGGCAUUGUAGAUAGUUAAUAACGGUCUUACAAAGGUUGUAUUGGUGACAAUGGAGGACGAUAGCUACCCCAAAACCCUGUAUGUUGGUAACCUCUCUAAAGAUGUGACAGAAGUUUUGAUUCUGGAGCUAUUUUCCCAGAUAGGUACUUGUAAAAGUUGCAAAAUGAUCACUGAGCAUACGAGCAAUGACCCAUAUUGCUUUGUGGAGUUUUUCGAGCACAGAAAUGCUGCUGCAGCCCUAGCAGCCAUGAAUGGAAGGAAGAUAUUGGGAAAGGAGGUUAAAGUGAAUUGGGCCACCACUCCAAGUACCCAAAAGAAAGACACGUCCAAUCACUUCCAUGUUUUUGUGGGUGAUUUGAGCCCUGAGAUUACAACAGAUGAUGUCAAAGCUGCUUUUACACCUUUCGGGAAAAUCUCUGACGCGCGUGUUGUGAAGGACAUGACGACAGGCAAAUCAAAGGGGUAUGGAUUUGUGUCCUUCUACAACAAACUGGAUGCAGAAAACGCCAUCGGUCAAAUGGGAGGGCAGUGGCUGGGAGGGCGCCAGAUCAGAACCAACUGGGCAACGCGCAAGCCACCAGCCCCCAAGAGCACCCCAGACAACGGGUCGAAGCAGCUGAGGUUCGAGGAUGUUAUGAGCCAGUCCAGUCCGCAGAACUGCACGGUGUACUGUGGAGGCAUCCAGUCAGCGCUCACAGAGCACCUCGUGCGACAGACCUUCUCACCAUUCGGGCAAAUCAUGGAGAUCAGAGUCUUUCCUGAGAAAGGAUAUUCCUUCAUUAGGUUCUCCUCUCAUGAGAGCGCCGCCCACGCCAUUGUCUCGGUGAACUGCACGACCAUCGAGGGACAUCUCGUCAAAUGCUACUGGGGCAAGGAGUCCCCCGACAUGGCCAAAAGUCCACAACAGGUGGAGUUUGGCCAGUGGGGGCAGUGGAACCAGCUGUAUGGAAGCCCACAGCAGCCCCAGCAGCAACAGCAGCAGCAACAGCAUCAACAGCAUCAUCAACAGCAUCAUCAGCAGCAUCAACAGCAGCAGCAGCAGCAGCAGCAGCAGCAGCAGCAGCAGCAGCAGCAGCAGCAGCAGCAGCAGUAUGGACAGUACACAUCCAACGGAUGGCCGGUCCCUUCCUACGGCAUGUACGGCCAGACGUGGAACCAGCAGGGCUUCGGAGUGGAGCAAGCCCUGUCCCCGGCCUGGGUGGGAGGUUUCGGCUCAGGCCCGUCCCAGAGCCAGCCGGGCCCGGUGGACCUGGCCAACCUGGCCAACUUCAGCAUGGCGGGCUACCAGACGCAGUGAGCUCCCCCCACCACACCGUCCACGCUCUGAGGGGAACCUCCUGACACUGGUGCUAUAGGGACGACGUUUAGGGAGCCCUAGUCUCAAAGGCUUUAGAGUAAUGUUUGUUGUUACUGUAAAACAGCAGAUCAGGAGUUAAUUUGCUUUAUAAUAAGAAUCCACCCGAACACACACGCAUACAUGGUAUCGCUGUACAAAACGACAACACAAGAAGCCACCUCCCGGUUAUUUAAGGUGUACAUUGCGUAAUCAUUUUCUCCAUGCUUUUUAAGAUUAUCUCUUGGUUACAUUUUGGUUAAAAAUUCUUCAAUGCCUCUAAACCAACAAGAUACAUUUGGGCUUUGACAAUCGCUUAGCGGGGAUUUCAGAUAAGGAUUAAUUACACUUUAAAACACCCGUAGUUUCAGGUCAUUUAUAUAUAAAUAUAUAUUGUGUAAUAAUUAAGUGUUCGAGUAUUCAACGCUUUUUUUUUUACCCGAGAUGAUAUGAAGGCUUAAAUGUGGAAACACCUUUUAAUGUUGGCACUUGGUCCAGGGACAGACAACCAGAUGAUCUGUGUUCACUCAAAGAGGAGCCAGAAAGGAAGAAGAAAGGAAAUUCAACAACGCAGGUUUAAACACAAUAUACCUACCUGCGUGUUCAAAUUCCAAAAGUAGAUUUUGCCUCUAUCUCAUAGGUCAUGGCCAGAAUAUGUGAGGUGUAUGCAUACUAUGUAAAUAGCUUAAACUCCCAUCUGUUUUUCUCCCAAACCAAAAACCUUUUGUACAGAUAAUGAUUUGAACUCUUUCUGGGAUUUGUCUCCCGUGUUUGUCCUUGGAUCUAAAAUGGUAGUUUAUUCCUGUGACAUUGAUUCCCUUCACAGAAAAUUGUAAAGGCUCCCUUUUUAAAUCUGUUUUUUUUAUAUACACAGAAGAACUAAUUUCGAACAAUAAUCUGUAAACUAGCCAUUGUGAUUGACGUCAUGAUUUAUCCCCUUUAUCAAUAUAAAGGAAAAAACAAUGCUUCAUAUCAAUUUGCUUGGUGUUUUACAUGAUUAUAAGAUGGUUCACGAAGGUAACUCUCCAGGACUAAAUCCAUAUUUUCUUUAAUUUAUUUUUUGAAUCAAUUUCUUCAAUGAUUCAACCUUAUGUCAUCCUUCAUUCAAACUGAAUUCACAUUCAACCAUUGUUUAGCUGUUCAAACUUCCAGAAGCAUUUUAGACUGAAGCAUUUAUAAUAGCAGUUGGGAAUGCUAUAAUAAUUUGUUAUUUGUGUCCUAUCAUUUCGAAUUUGUGUGCCAUUAUGUACAGUCUUAUAAAAGUAGCUCCUUUUGUGUUAAAAAGCAACAACUGAACAUGGUCAUGUGGAUUUGUAAAUAUAAACCCUUUAAAAAAGUGGACGAUUAUGUACAUAAUGUAGGUAAUCUAAUUUCCAUUCAUAGAAUUUAGCAAUAUAAUUUAUGGAUACGCCAUAAUUGCCAAUGUGUGCAAAUUGUAAUAAUUAGGUUCAUUGCAAUUUCAGGUGAAUUUCAAAUCGAAAGUUUCCCCAUUGUAGUUAUUUGUGCCAUUUAUAGAGAGUACAAGGUAAUGGACAAUGUUUAUGUUGGAAUUGCAUGUUUGACAUGUAAUAUAUCUGAUGCUUAAAAAAUUGAAUGUAAUAGCAAGUUUAUUUGUGACAGUUGAAAUUCAAAUGCUGAAUUGGAUCGCACUACUGGAUAACUUGCAACAUUUCAUUCAAACAGAAGACACAAAUAAACCAUCCAAAAUAAAGGAACUUUUGAAACAUGUUA